UGACUUAUUUGCCAUUUUGUUUUGCUCAUAUCUUUCUUAGUUUUGUGUGUACAUUUGGUUGGCUGCAUUUAUGCUCAGGCGUUUCGUUCACCUGUCUGUCGAUCAUUCAUUCACCCAGUUACCUCGAAACAUGCGAGCGAACAUAUGUAUACGUAUGUAUUUAUGUAGACACAACAAAAUACACAUGUAUAUACAUUUGCAUGUUGCCUUCGCUCAUUGCGUUGUGGGUUUUUUUUUUGCGAUUUUUUUUUGUUUCAUUACAAAACAUAUUAUUUAUAAUGCUUGUACGUACAUACAUACAUAUAUGCUUUGUACUCUUUACAGGCAAUCAUCAGCUGUACGACGUGAACGUCGACCCGAUAGAGCGGUGUAUAUUCCAAGGGCACGACGCAGUCAAACUACCCCACCAACGACGGUGGCGCUCACGGCGACGGCAACGGCCACAACAGCUGUCGUAGCAACAGGAAUACAACAACAAAAUGCUCCGCAGAAAACCGCAGCUACCAUCUCACUAGCGAGUGCUUCGUUAACUCGGACGAUGCCAUCAAGUCACAGUCACCACAGCGCUGGUGGUUGUGGUGGUGACGGCGGCAGCAGUAAUCAGCACCAAUUGGCAAUUACUUCAGAGGCAACAGUGUCAGUAUACACAGCGGCGUCGAGCAAGUUAGACGAAUUAUCUGGCAACAAAAGUACUACUGCUGCUGGUGCUAGCACAGUUGUUUCUGUUUCGGCUGGAAAGAAGACAAAAUCAGCUACAGUGCAUAGUCGUGAGCGGAGAGAACGUUCUAAAAAGCUAACAAACGCUAAUGUUCAGUCACACGAGGCGAAAAUAUCAAAAUUAUCAUUGGAGAGAAGCGAAACGAAACUACAACAACAAAACGGUCAUGAUGAAACGUUGUUAAAUCAAUAUCAUCAUUAUCACCACCCACAACAACAACAACAACAGCAGCAAACAUAUCUGUAUACUGAUCAUUUGCAAAGAUCCUCGCUCUGUGAGCAACAAUUUACCGAAGGUGUGCAAUUACCAGCAGAAAUAAUUGCAAACAACGAAAUGAAUUCGUCGUCAAAUUCGGGCAAACGCAAUAAGGCGAAACAAAGUAAAGUGCAGAAUUUACGCAUCGAAGAUGUUGUUGCAUCGAAAGAUAAUGGUACACGGAGUACAACAACUAAAUGUGAUAUUGAAGCGCAGGAACUGCAGCGCGCAUCGAAGGAAAUAAAUCGCAGCAAUCGUCGCAUUAUCAAGCAAACAUUCGUCUCAGAUGUGCUCGAAAUUCCCGAGAAAAUCGAACAGUCCACAGAAAAUGACAACGAUUCGAGUCAAAGAAGUCCUAAUAACACUAUGCAAAUUCCCGUCCCGGCAGCUAAUCGAUCGGUGGAUAGUACCACAGAGGAGGAAGAGGAGGAAGAUGAUUGGGAAUCGAUGUUUGAUGAUAGUGGAGAAUGUUUAGAUCCGAAAAUUAUGCAAGAACUCACCGCUUCAGUGGGUAAAGUGAAGAUAGAAUUACCAAAAAUGGACUAUAGUGCAUAUCUAACAAAGCAGUCCAUACUCAAUGAUGAAGAGUUUCCGCACGUACUUGAAGUAUCAAAUUUCCCGGUGGAGUUUAAGAAUCAUGACCUUCUUAUGGUUUUUUCGCAAUACAAAGAAUCGGGUUUCGAUAUAAAAUGGGUGGACGAUACUCAUGCAUUGGCUGUGUUCAGCAGCUCACGCAUUGCUGCUGAAGUUUUAACAAUGGGCCACCCAUUCGUAAAGCUGAAACCAUUAGCUGAAGCUACAGCUGAAUCUCGCUUAAAGGCCAAGAAGUGUGCGGCAUCACUGCAACCAUAUCGUCAGAGACCGGAAACUUGUGCGGCACUGGCGCGUCGUCUGGUAACCGGCGCUCUGGGUGUGCGACUGAAAACAGCAGCCGCAGAAAGAGAGAAUGAAAUACGUGUUUUACGUGAAGCCAAAGAACGUAAGAUGCUGGCAGCUAAGCAACGUGAUGAAAUAUGGGAAAGCUAGGCAUCAAUGAAUGCAUCAUAAUUUGUGUACAUUUUCCUGCCUGCAAACUGAAUAAAUAUGGACUAUAAUUAGAGAAACAGAAGAAAAUCGUUUUAAGCACGAUUAGUUGUAGAUGAUAUAAUUUUUGAAGGAAAUCCCAUUAUUUUAAAUAGAAAUAAGAGACUAGUAGAAAAAUCUUUAUUUAAAAAUCUAUACCCCUAUGCUGUAAGGCGAUGAAAAUACCACUUAAAAACUGUAUUUUUUCAUCAUCGAGUGCAAUAAAAUUUUGCUCAAAAAAAAAUUAUUUUAUAUAUUAUUUGAAUUUGAGCAGUAUACUAAGAUUUGUUUGUGAGUUCGCAUGCAAAAUUGUAUACUAUAUGCCAUUGCACUGCAAUACUAAAAACGGAUAUUUUUGCAAUAUUUUAGACAAAAUUUUGUGAGUUAUGAAGUGAAAUACUAUACAAAAUUCACAUGAAUGUAAGAGAUUUUACUGUAUGCAUUGUAUUUUUGAAAAGUUGUUUAUUUAUAAGAGAAUAUUUUGCGAAUAAAUAUUAAGAAUGGUAAAGAAUGUGGAA